AAGCGUCAUAGAGUGGGCGGGGCAUCUCGAUAGGGGAUGAGCUGUAAACAUGAGAGCAUAACCUUAGGGUUGUGUUGUCCAGCAUAACAUCCCGUAUCGAUCUCAUAAAACGCUUCCAGUUGCGAGGGUUUAUGAGGUGCAUCGGAGUAAAGAGUUUUACCUCGAUCAGGUAGCGAAGGAGGUGAAAGUAGGAGUUGGGGGGGGCUCUGGUUGGACUUAGUGAAAGAAAACAAUAUGGCCGCGGUGGAUCUGGAAUGGAUCCCUGAGACCCUGUACAACACCGCUAUCUCAGCCGUGGUCGACAACUACGGCCGAUCGCGACGGGAUAUCCGCUCUCUGCCUGAAAAUAUACAGUUUGAUGUGUACUACAAGCUUUACCAGCAAGGCCGGCUCUGCCAGCUGGGAGGGGAGUUCUGUGAGCUGGAGGUCUUCGCUAAAGUCCUCAGGGCCUCUGACAAAAGGCAUCUCCUACACCACUGCUUCCAGGCUCUGAUGGACCACGGUGUGAAGGUCGCUUCAGUCCUGGCCAACUCCUUCAGCCGCCGAUGUUCAUACAUCGCAGAGUCCGACGCGCAUGUGAAAGAGAAAGCUAUACAGUUUGGCUUUGUUUUAGGUGGCUUUUUAUCAGAUGCCGGCUGGUAUGGAGAUGCAGAGAAAGUCUUCCUGUCUUGUCUCCAGCUGUGCACAUUACACGAUGAGGUUCUUCACUGGUAUCGUGCAGUAGAGUGCUGUGUGAGGUUACUUCAUGUGCGUAAUGGCAACUGCAAAUACCACCUGGGAGAAGAAACUUUCAAACUGGCCCAGUCUUACAUGGACAAACUAGCCAAACACGGCCAUCAGGCUAACAAGGCUGCCCUUUAUGGAGAACUGUGUGCCCUGCUCUUUGCCAAAAGCCACUAUGAUGAGGCUUACAGGUGGUGUAUAGAAGCUAUGAGGGAGAUCACCGUUGGCUUACCAGUGAAAGUAGUAGUGGAUGUUCUCAGACAAGCCUCUAAGGCCUGUGUUGUUAAACGGGAGUUUCGGAAAGCUGAACAACUGAUAAAACACGCAGUCUUUUUGGCACGGGAACAUUUUGGACACAAGCACCCCAAAUACUCAGAUACACUACUAGAUUAUGGAUUUUAUCUCUUAAAUGUGGAUAAUAUCUGUCAGUCAGUGGCCAUUUACCAGACUGCACUAGAUAUUCGGCAGUCAGUGUUUGGAGGAAAGAAUAUUCAUGUUGCAACUGCACAUGAGGACCUGGCGUAUUCGUCCUACGUCCAUCAGUACAGCUCUGGUAAAUUCGACAACGCACUAUUCCACGCAGAACGUGCCAUAGACAUCAUAACUCACAUUCUCCCAGAAGACCAUCUGCUGCUGGCCUCAUCCAAGAGGGUGAAAGCCCUAAUCCUGGAGGAAAUUGCCAUUGAUUGCCAUAACAAAGAAACCGAGGAACGCCUCCUGCAGGAGGCCCAUGAUCUGCACCUCUCCUCUCUGCAGUUGGCCAAAAAAGCUUUCGGAGAGUUCAACGUUCAGACGGCAAAACACUAUGGGAACCUGGGCCGCCUCUACCAGUCCAUGCGCAAAUUCAAGGAGGCCGAGGAGAUGCACAUCAAGGCCAUUCAGAUCAAGGAGCAGCUGUUAGGACAGGAGGACUAUGAGGUGGCUCUGUCAGUGGGACACUUGGCCUCGCUCUACAACUACGACAUGAAUCAGUACGAUGAUGCAGAGCAUCUGUACUUGCGAUCCAUCGCUAUUGGCAAGAAACUAUUCGGGGAGGGGUACAGUGGACUGGAAUAUGACUACAGAGGUCUGAUAAAACUCUACAACUCAGUUGGAAACUACGAGAAGGUCUUUGAGUACCACAAUAUUCUGUCCAGCUGGAACCGUUUAAGGGACCGGCAGUUUGCAGUAGCCGAUGCGCUGGAGGACGUCAACACAAGCCCCCAGGCCACAGAGCAGGUGGUGCAGUCUUUCCUGCUUUCCCAGAGCCACGGAGCCGGGCGUCCCUGCUUGGGCUAACAGUCGGGAAGCCCACCAGACUUAUAGAUGUGCACACGCACCCCCAUUUCACACCCUCACAUCCAUUUAUUCAUUUAAGUAAAGACAGGCAGGGAGUGAGUGUGAGCUCACCAAGGACUGUCAAUUCACUUGAACCAGCAACUCCCCAAGUCCACUUCCUUAAAAUGGGAGGAAAAACAAUGACAUCCGUGCGACCAUGCUAAAACUCAUGAUGGAUAAGCCACCAUUUAUUGAAUUUGUUCACUCUCCUCCAGAAAACCCGACCAUUUCUGUGACUUCAAGAGGAAUUGAAUAAAAAACGGAGCGGUCCGACGAAGACGGAAAACUUCCACACCUUCUAUUCUUUUAUUUGAAUUUGUAUUUGAAGGAGAUUUGCUCCACACUACAGGAAUACUUUAACACCGCAUUGUCUAUUUGUGGAGGAAACCCACAGAAGUCCCACAGAACGAGAUUCGACGAGUGAAGGAAUAUCCAUAGACGUCCGUGUCCCCAUUAACACGAGGAUUAGAGCUUGACUUCAUCUAAUGCAAAGCUUUGCAUUUGAGGAUUACCUGUGUCCUCUAUGGAAAACGAGACCAGCCAUGUUACAUUAUGGACCAUUAUGUUUAUUUUCGCUUCUUUUUUUAAUUAAUAAUUAAUGUCGCGUGUGGAAAUAACGGACCAGUGGGUUUAUGAUUCCUCUAGAUACCGUGUUUUAAGUUCUUUUCUGGUUUUGUAUUCCCUUAGUACUGACCUAGCUUAUUUUAAACUGCCAAUAAUUUAUAUGCAAGGUAUGCUACGACUGUAAGUGUAACGUUGCAAACGGAUGAGCCAAAAUUACUUCUGUUCAUAAUAAUAACAAUAAUAAUAAUACAUGUGCGACCACAGUUAAUUGACAUAAUCUGAGCUAAACAGAAUUGGAGGAUGAGUUCAUAAAAGUUGGCUUUCUGUCAUAGCGGAGCCUUAUUCAUGCACACACACACACUAUAUAAGCUGUAGUGGUGAUAGUUACAGGACCAGGUUUCCCAUUGUAGUUUUCCUUUCAGAGCUUGGCCACGGGUGGCGUAGAUUAACACCCCUGGCCCACUGCCAGCUGACUGGACACACCGAAAAAAGGGCUGAGCGCAGCACCCGUCAUUGUGAAGAGGCUUCCCUGCUGGGGAACCUGCGGUAUAGUGCACAGGGGUGUGAAUCCACACAUGAUUGUGUAGUAGCUGUGCAAUAUUUGCUGGGCGCACCUGUACCACUCCAGAACCAAUCAGUCUUGACUCAUUCCACUUCCACUCCUCUCUUCAAGUUGAAUGAGGACAGUUCAGAUUAAAUGGGCAUCCUUUCAUCACACCUUCAUAAAGAACUCAUUCUUUUUUGCUGAAACAAAGCCUUGCUGCAGGUUAGUCAUGUAGAAUGCGCUUUUAGUUUCUUGCUACAUUUGAGCCCCCAGCUGUCAGACCGGGACCCCAGAUCGAGCUGAAGUCCCAGCCUUAGUCUUAAAGGACUCAGCUGGCGGGGAUCUGCUCUGUCGGCUUUCUUUGAGUAGAACGAAACCACCACCUGCAGUUUUCCAAACACCUUUAGUCCUGUAAACCGAGCAAGAGAUUACUAGGACAGUUAUUACGCCCAUUUUCACUCAUUAAAAAUCCCUUUAUUGUUACAUUUGAAGUCUGAUCGUGAAGAAGCAGUCUUAAAAGGAGAGUCCACCCCAAAAUGAAAAUUCUGGUGUAAUUUGCUCACCCUCAUAUCAUUCCAAACCUGUAGGCAUUCCUUUCUUCUGUGGGAUAAUAAAGAAGAUAUUUUGAAGAAUGUUGGUAACCAAACUGUUUUGAUUUCCAUUGACAAAAAAUACAUGGGAAUUUAAAAUAUCUUCUUCAAAGUAUUUGCUUUUCAUGUUUCACUGAAGAAAGUCAUUCAAGUUUUGGAAAGACGUGAGUGUGAGUAAAUGAUGAUAGAAUAUUGAUUUUCAGGCAGACUAUUCCUUUAAUGCUGUAUUUGAGGCAUGAAGUGAAGGAAUAUGCUUUGGUUAGAGAGAAGGAAUCUUGUAACAAAUAAACUGUGAUCUUGCUAAAUUUUUAAGUGCAUUUCCAUUGACUGUGUGCUGUAAAUGGACCGAAUUAGUGGAGUUCUCGUAUCAGAUGAUGAGUUUAGGAAUUUGAACAUCAAAUGUAAAAAAUAAUGCACAUGGGAAACAAGCUUGGUGGAUGCUGAAUGAAUUUAUAACGUAGCUCUGAUUGCUUCCUUCUGAAUGAUGAUCUAAGGGCUUAUUUGUCAACCUCAAGUGGUAUAUCCUGGUUAGAAAGAGGGUUAAUCAAUGUUGAUUAAAUCCAAUCUGCUUCCCGAUCUGAAUAGGCCACAGUUCCCCAAAAAUCUAAGGUGCUUCUGGGUCAGACGUUCUCUUUGAUUGCAUGUUUAAGUAAAUGUAUAUAGAUGUAGAAGUGGUUGUCGUCCCAGUGAGCUCCAUAGUCACAGAAGAAACAAUCUUAAACUGAGCAGUUAAUAAAUAUCCCAUGAAAUAUGAGGAAAAAGAAUGAACUUCGCGACUCUGAAGUAUUAAACUGAUCACAGAAAUUACUAAACUGCAUCCUCUGACAAUAAAAGCAAUCCUGUCACUACAACUUUUCUUCAAAAUCUGCCCUCAGAGAGUUGAAGAAUGUAAUUAAAGGUUGAUAACUGAUACAGUGAGGCCUUUUAGAUGCUAAUUAUCUUUAUGAAGUCCUCAGACAUGCUGCCACAUGAAGAUUGUGAUUUAGCCAAAGUGCUGUUUCAGAUGGAUGAUGGCGAUCCUUGAAGUAACAACCUAUAAGUGGCCGUGAUCUCUUGUGAUUUUCUAUGAUUGUCUAUAUUCAUUGGAGACACUUUAGAAGAGUUUUUGACCAAAUCCAAUGACAAAGAAGAGGACAAUUGUGUUGUUUAACAUUGAUACUGACUGUUACCCUGGAAGUGUCAGUGACCUGUGCCACAGUGAGCCUCUGCUUGGAUACUCUUCAGUCAUUGGCUUCAUGUAACUCACCCACAGUAGAGUCUGCUGUACAUUGUACAUCUGUAACCACCAAAUCAUUAUUAAACUCAUUUGUAUCCAG